CCGCGUGAUUCACAGUUUUUGAAGUUCCCCUUCGGAGAUAGUUUCUCGUUUCGAUCGCGUGUCUAAUUUAACUCGAAUCCCGAAUAAAUCGAACAACAGCCUCUUGCCAUCGAACGAUAAAACACGGAAUCGGCAAUACGCGUUAAAUUCAUUUAACAAAAAUGGCGAACAGUUUGGAGGGAAAAAGUUGACUGUUUCUAUUAACAUCGCGAUUAGCGUCUAAAACGGCGAUGCAUCUUAAACAACCUGUUAACUGCACCGUAUUGUUCAACACUAUUGACAUUCUCGCGAGGUGAAAGUGAACGCGAAACAAUUGAACGUUAAAACCGUCAAAGUUUGACAUGUGCACCGUGCACCAAUUACAUCACUCAAGUAGAAGGAGCGUCUAAACGUUUUAUUACUCUUGUUAAACGAUCGUACCGGAAGUGUUAUUGUGCUCGAGCAUUAAGAUGUGACAGGCACCGGAAGGAACACGAAAUUCGUUCCUGGGAAGUGGGACAAUAGGAAUCUGGACCACGGGCAUUGUUGGUGAACCUUCGACGGUUAUUGCUCCUCUAAAAGUUCCCAUUGAGGUUUACGUCAUCGCGCCUCCUGUAUCUUCGAUCAUGGUCGACAUGGACACGCAGACCGAGUUCCUUGUAAACGCCCCACUCCCACGGAAUAUUUAAGUGACUCGGCUGUAGACCAAAGGAUAAUUCAUUCGAGGAUGCCUGGAAAUGCGACGGUGGGGAGCACCCUCGACAACGAGGCGUUCCGUCGUAUCAUUUUGGAAAGGGAGCAAGAAUGCUACCAGUUACAGCUGAUGAAUUCGACACCUCCACCAGAGCCCUACUGUCCAAUCACGUUCGACGGAUGGUCUUGCUGGCCAAACACCCCAGCUGGAACAACGGUCUACACGCCAUGCCCAAAUUUCAUCACAGGAUUCGAUGGAUCACUGAUGGCGCACAAACAUUGCGAGUCGAACGGUACCUGGUUUCGCCAUCCGGCGUCCGAUCAAGUCUGGAGCAAUUACACGACAUGCGUAGACAUGAAAGACCUCAAUUGGCAUCAGGUGAUCAAUGGAAUUUACGAGGCUGGAUACGCGAUAUCGUUGAUAGCGUUGCUAUUGUCGUUGGGCAUCCUCACGUAUUUCCGCUCCCUGAGGUGCGCGAGGAUCACUCUUCAUAUGAACCUGUUCGCAUCGUUCGCUAUGAACAACGCUCUCUGGCUGGUCUGGUACAGGUUCAUCGUCGCGAACACGGUUUUACUGUUAAAUAAUGGGGUGAUGUGUCGCCUCUUGCAUAUCGUGCUGCACUACUUUUUGCUCACUAAUUACGCCUGGAUGUUGUGCGAGGGUUUUUACCUUCACACCCUGCUCGUUAGCGCGUUUACCAGCGAGCACAAGCUAGUAAAAUGGCUGAUGGCACUUGGAUGGCCGGUACCCGCAGCGAUCGUCACGAUUUACGCCAGUCUGAGGGCGAUAAGUGACAACGCCGCGGACACUGAACAGUGUUGGAUCAACGAAGGCAAUUACAUGAACGUCCUCGUUUACCCCGUCUGCGUUUCCACUCUUCUCAACCUGCUGUUUCUCUUCAACAUCGUGAGGGUGCUGUUGAUGAAGCUGAGGGCAGGUCCCACGAUCGGCACUCAACCUUCCAGGUCCAUGCGACAGGCAUUUCGAGCAACGCUGCUUCUCGUACCUCUUUUGGGUCUACACUAUCUGGUCAUCCCCUUCAGACCACCAAAAGACCACCCUUGGGAAAAAUUUUACGAGGUUCUCUCCGCCAUAACGGCCUCGUUUCAGGGUCUCUGUGUGGCCAUUCUGUUCUGUUUCUGCAACGGAGAGGUAAUAGCGCAAUUCAAGAGGAAAUGGGAGGGCACGGCUCUUCUGCGAAAUCGUGCCAAUUCUUGCACCGCCACGACGGUCUCGGUCCGGUGGCGGGAGAGGAGAAGGUGUGACUAUCAGUCGUCCGCUCCGGAACAGCUGGACGUGAAUCCCGUCGACAGUCAGCAAGCCGUGCAACUUGUCGCCGCUUGUCGAGUCGCCAAUAAUCUCAACGAUCACUCCAGACUGUUGGUCAGGUCCAGGGACUCCAUCAAGAGCUACGAGCAGACACAGUGUUGAUAGUUCCAGUGACACCAGUGAACUCACCGUGAACCAGAUGGAACGACAACUGGUUGCGAGACGUCAGACAUUGUCCAAGAUUUAGAAUUGGGUUUGAUGAAGGUAGGAUGAACAAAAUGUAGGAAGAACCUGAUAAGGGAUCGAUAAGCCAAGAUCAUUUUUUGAGUAUGGUGAAGCCUGUGAGAGGAACAGUUGUUGAACUCACUGUGAACCAGUUGGAUGUCGAUUGUGGUGAGACGUCAUACAUUGUCCAAGAUUUAAAAUUGGGUUCAUUGAAGGUAGGAUGAACAAAAUGUAGGAAGAACCUGAUAAGGGAUCGAUAAGCCAAGAUCAUUUAUUGAGUAUGGUGAAGCCUGUGAGAGGAACAGUUGUUGAACUCACUGUGAACCAGUUGGAUGUCGUCUGUGUUGGAUGACAUCGCGAGGAUCAAAAGUUGGGUCUGCUUGGAGGCGAAUGGGUGUAAAGAGGGCCUAAUUUGAGGAUGAAUGAGUGUUGAUAACUUAAGCGCAAAUAUAUUAAAAUAAAUUGUAUAUAAUUGAACAUUUUAACAGGCUAAGGAAUUAAUACAAUGAAACUAUUUAAUAUAAUUUUCACUUAGAGAAACGUAUUCUUGGGAGUCUCGAAUAUUUUUGAAGUAGCGUUAGAACAAACCAAAAACAAAUGAUGAAAAAUAUUACCCCCUUUAUCCGUGUAUGUAUAUUUCAUUGUUAAAUUAUAUAUUAACGAUCGUUGUCAAAAUUGAUAGAUAUAGACUUUACCAAACCAAAGCAUAAUUUGUUGAUUCUUAAAAAGGUUUAUUGUAAAAAUAUUUAUUUAAUCGCUGUUAAAGAUGUUUUUGUAAGAUAUAUUUAAUUGAGCUCGUAAGAAUUUUCGAUAUUUUUUCUGUAAUAUUUAAUUUAAAUAAUCUUUCGCCAAACGCACACCAACCCCGAAGAAAAUAAUUUAAUAACUAAUUGACUGCGGAUUGGUACUUACAUAAAAGAGCUUUCGUACUAACAAAUAAGUUAAGGAAUACAACGAUUCUUAGUUUAUGCACGCAUAUGGUCAUGGUACGAUAUACAGUGUUUCAAAAAUGGAUGUCGCAACGUAAAGGAAUCGAUGUACGCGGAAAACAAUCGUUCUUGUAUGACCUGUAUGAUCUAUUGUAAUUCCUGAGUUAUCGAAAUAAAUGUUCCAAGUUGCUAUUUUUCUGAUAACACAAGCUUUUUAUGUAAGAUAUACGAAAUAAAUUUUGUUUCACUACA